AUGUCUGUAACAACACCACCCUCAGACAGCCCAAGCGCCAUGCACAACUCCUCAGAGCUGGUUUGUCUCUGGAAACAAUGCCAUCUCAAAUUCGAAGAUCCCGAACUACUCUACCACCAUCUGUCUAACGAUCAUGUUGGGAGGAAGGCAACUGGAAACCUGUGUUUGGAAUGCCAUUGGGAAAAAUGCGAGGUCAAGACAGGAAAAAGAGACCACAUUACAAGUCAUUUGAGAGUACAUGUGCCGUUGAAACCGCAUGUUUGUGAGACAUGUAAUAAAGCUUUUAAACGAAGACAAGAUCUUAAAAAGCACGAAAAGAUCCACACAGAACAACACCAACAGCUAAUAAGCGACCACAAGCAUCAGCGUCUGCAGAAAACGAGUCAUCCACAAACACCUCCACAAUAUCCUCCAGCUAGGUCGCCGUCGGUGUGCUCCUCUAUUGAAUCACAGUCUAGCUUCCCAUUAAGUCCAAACAGAGUUGUUCCUGGAUUUGGCUUCAAUACCACUCCACCGCACGACAAUAACUACGAUAACUAUGACGUCUAUAAUCCCAACUACGACAACUAUGACAUUUCGAACCCGACUGUGAUUCCCGAAUUUUCUAAUUAUAACAAUGUCAAGCGUCCCGACGUUUCCACUGGUAACACUUACGUACCCGCUUCUAACAAGCGUACCAUUGAUGCAGUGGAAGAAUUUUACCUGGACGUCAAGAGAAAACGGGUGGAUCCGGUUUAUAAUCAAG